GAGUCAGUCCGGUAGCUGUAUCGAUUUGAUGAAUUGCUUCCCACGUUUUCGAUAUUGCCACAGGAAUUACUUUUGAGGACUGGAAACAAAGAUGAAAUAGCACUAAAGCAUAUAGAUCCCGUGCUCACCUUGACAAUCUGCUACCAAUAACGGCCGACCCGCCAUGACGCACAAGCAUCUUUCAGCCACCGCCGAUUCCGAUUCCUCCUGGCCCGGGCAGAGCGUCAGUGUCACUCACCUCAGCCUCUAAAAACAAAUCAAUGCCAAGGCUAGGCGGAAGCGGGGGGGACCGCUGUGCCCUAAAACCUCUCGCUUCUCUGGAAUCCAGAGCCUAAGCGGUCAACUUUUCCGCAGACGCUCUUGUUUUCGCUCAUUGAUUGAGAAGAUGAGUAUCCGAAUUAACGCAACCGUUAAUGAGGCUCGAGCCGCCGCCGGUCACUACAAAGAACAAUGGGAUAGAUUUUACUUCAUUACCAAAGACGAAGCCAAACAACUCUCAGAGGCGCAUCCGGACUGGACAAGAUGGAUCCUAAUACCGGCGAACGAAAAAGAAAUGAUGCUAAGGCGAAUAAAUGCACGGCUUGUAUCGGAGGGCAUUCCCGCUGUCGAGAUGAUAAUACUGAAAUGGAGAAUGUCGCAAUUGCUGAGAGACAUACAGCGCAAAUACCCCGAAGGGAUCAUAGGUGCAAAGGUGGGAGGGAUGUCACCAUCAAAUACCGGGUCACAAACCCACCUCGAUACCCAGCCGGAAGCCAACCUGCAGCAACAGUCGUCAACACCGCAGUCCCCGGACUUAUCGCCAAGCAGUAGCCGCGCAUACGAUCCGAUAAGAGAUGUAUAGAAUCGCAGAUUGAAAGAACGAACUUACUUGGGAGGUCUUUUGC